AUGAUAGGUGAGGCCAUGGUACUCCAGGCGUCAACUCACAAGAACCUUCAGGCAUGGCCGAGCUUUUUGGAGAAGCACAACGGAAAGUGUCUGAGGAACUUCCCGCUUGGAAUUCCAGAGCUCACCUCUCUAGCUGUUAAUCGACGUGGCAUGCACAUCGAGCUGAAGCAAUACGCGGAAGAUUUAGGGAUCAAAACUCAAUACUCAACUCAUGCCACUGAGUAUAUGGAGACGGAUGAUGCCGGAAUUGUGGUUCUCUCAGACGGUCGCGAAUUGACUGCAGACAUGGUUGUCGCAGCUGACGGUGUUGGAUCGAGGUCAUGGAAGUUGAUUCUCCACAAGUUUGAGAAGCCUGUUAGUUCAGGAUAUGCGAUUUACAGGUCUGACUUUCCUACUGGCGACGCUAUGAAGAACCCCGUUAUUGCGGAGCACUUCAGUGGGGCUGAAACUAGGAUGGAGCUACAUUUUGGACCGAAUGCCCACGGUGACACUGGAAAUGCAAAGGAAGAUUGGUGGUGGACUACCUCAGCAUCUGACGCACUACCAUUUGUGGAGACAUGGGCACCGUUCUUCAAAGAGAUAGUCAAAUUUACGCCAAAUAAUACGUGCAUUGACUGGGAGUUGAUCGGUGAUUCUGCACACACGUUCUUGCCUAGUUCUGGAAGCGGUGCUAGUAUGGCUAUGGAGGAUGGUUUUUCGCUCGCAGCCUAUCUGCAGAUAGCCGGGAGGCAAGACAUACCUCUUGCCACUCGAGUUCAUAACAAGCUAAGUACCAAACAUAACAAGUUUGAGCGUGUUGCAUGCGCUCAAAAGAUGGGCUUCAAGGAUCGCCUGAAGUUUCAUACCUCCGAUUUAGCCAAGGCUGAAGAGAACCCAGACAGCAUUGGGAGAUUUACCGGGCAAUGGCUUUUGCGUCAUGAUCCUAUACAGUACGCUUAUGACAACUUUCAAGCUUGCGCAGACCAUCUGCUCCGCGGCACUGAAUUUAAGAAUUCAAAUUUCGUACCAGGACAUACUUUCAAACAGUGGACUGUGACGGAAUUCCUUGAAGCUCAAGAACAUGGCAAGGAUAUUGAUGAUGAUGGAGACUGGUCCUAG